AUGGAUCUACAGAAUUUUGAAAACUGCGAUAAAGCUAUUUAUGCAGAGUUAUUUGGAUUAUCAAAGAAAGCCAUUGAUUGUGCACUUAAAGCCAAUAUGCAAUAUGAGUUGAUGAAUUUACUCAAGUCUUUUAUCUAUAAUACACAUAAUAAGAAUGUUAAAAUUCAAGAAACUCAAGAAACCUUUACUGAUAUUAAUAAUCCUGCUAUUACUAAACAUAAAGGACGACCUCUAAAAAGAUUUAAAUCUAGUGUAGAAACUUUGGGAAAACGGGUUUUAAAGGAUAGUACAAAAGUUAAUAUGAUAACAGACAAUGUUAUAGUAGAAGAGGAAACAAAUAAUACAAAAGGGCGAAAAUGUAGAAAGUGCAAGCAAUAUGGACAUUAUGCAAAAUAG